GCCGGGGCGCCGCGGGGCCGAGCGGAGCGGGAGGAGCGGGAGCGGCGCUCAGGAUGGCUGCAGCUCCUCCAAGUUACUGUUUUGUAGCCUUCCCCCCGUGUUCUAAAGAUGGGCUGGUGGUAUUUGGGAAGAACUCAGCACGGCCCAGGGAUGAAGUCCAGGAGGUGGUUUACUUUGCUGCUGCAGAGCAUGAGCCAGGGAGCAAAGUUGAGUGCACGUACAUCGAGAUCCAGCAGGUGCCCAGGACUCACGCCGUGGUGCUGAGCAGACCCUCCUGGCUCUGGGGGGCAGAAAUGGGGGCCAACGAGCACGGGGUGUGUGUGGCCAACGAGGCUGUCCUGACCAGGGAGCCAGCUUCUGAGUCUGAAGCCCUGCUUGGCAUGGAUCUUGUCAGACUUGGUCUAGAAAGAGGUGCAACAGCUAAAGAAGCGUUGGAUGUAAUAGUUGCUCUGUUGGAAGAGCAUGGACAAGGUGGAAAUUAUUAUGAAGAUGGGAGUUCAUGCCAUACUUUCCAAAGUGCAUUUUUGAUUGUGGACAGAAAUGAAGCCUGGAUUCUGGAGACUUCUGGAAAGUAUUGGGCAGCUGAAAAAAUCACAGAGGGAGUGAAAUGCAUUUGCAAUCAGCUUUCAUUAACUACAAAAAUUGAUGCUGAGCAUCCUGAACUAAGGAAUUAUGUGAAAAGUCAAGGCUGGUGGAAUGGAGACUCAGACUUCAAUUUUUCUGAAGUGUUUUCUCUUGCUGAUGACCAUUUAGCCUGUUGCUCUGGCAGGGAGAGCCUAGAAAAGCAAGGUGGUGACGUUUCUGCACAAGCUAUGAUUGAUGUCCUGCGUGACAAGGACAGUGGUGUCUGUGUGGACUCUGAAUCUUUCCUUACCACAGCUAGCAUAGUGUCUGUUCUGCCUCAGGACCCUAGUUUUCCCUGUAUUCAUUACUUCACUGGCACGCCAGACCCUUCAAGAAUCCACCUGGGAUUCACAGAAAUUAAACUAAACCACUUGCAGUUAUUCAGGAGAUCAGCCACUUGCAUUGAGGUAAAGAGGUUUUGGGGAGAAGAAAAUGAUGCCCUUGAAUAGCUGACAGUCAUUCCUGUAGAAAGACCAGCAGUAAUCAUUAGGUUUUACUGAGGGCUAUGGAAGUCAUCCAUGCCAAAGGGACUUUCCACCCACCUUGCAUUAUGCAGGUCAGACUUUCAGGGUUAACUGUCCAUUUUAAACUUGGUAACGCAAACCCUUCUUUGACUUGAUGCAAAUCUUUUGUGAUAACAAGGAGCAAGACUUCAAAUUAUUUAGUUGGGAUUUCUGUCCUUUUGAAGGUGGAAAACCUGGUUUAAAAGCCUUGUUUAGAGACAUUUCUUGCUUUAUUCUACAGUGUAAUGCAUUAAGUAAGAAUUAUUUAAAUGUGGCUAGUGAGUCACAUAAAUUCUUAGUCAGCAAGGCUUUGUGACAGUGAUGGAAAGGGUAGCAGCACUGAACCUGCUGACUGUUCACAGGCAGUGGUUAUUCGUUGUGUGUUGCAGAAGUCUUGCACUUUUGGCAGGUCCUUCACUGCAGAAUGAAGGGUGCUUUUGUUGUUCUGUAUCUAAAGAGAAGGAAUGCAGUUGUUCCAUGAACUUGCUAAAACCUACUUUCAGCUUCUUAGGAAUGAAGAUAC